CGCCGGCCGGUAGGCGGGCGUUCAGCAGCCACCAGCCGCGCUGCAGCGCCGAGGCCGCGGGCCGGCCAGCCGCCAUGGUGGACUACUACGAGGUGCUGGGCGUGCCGCGGCAGGCCUCGGCUGAGGCCAUCCGCAAGGCGUACCGCAAGCUGGCCCUCAAGUGGCACCCGGACAAGAACCCCGAGCACAAGGAGGAGGCAGAGAGACGGUUCAAGCAGGUGGCGCAGGCCUACGAGGUCCUAUCUGACGCCCGCAAGCGCGAGGUGUACGACCGCUGCGGCGAGGUGGGCGAGGUGGGCGGCGGCGGCGCGGCCGGCAGCCCGUUCCAGGACGCCUUCCAGUAUGUCUUCUCCUUCCGAGACCCCGCCGAGGUCUUCAGGGAAUUCUUCGGGGGCCGCGACCCCUUCUCGUUCGACUUCUUCGGAGACCCGUUUGAGAACUUCUUUGGGGAUCGGAGGAGCUCCCGGGGAAGCAGAAGCCGAGGGGCCGUACCCUUCUCUGCCUCCUUCACUGACUUCCCAACUUUUGGGGGCGGCUUUGCUUCCUUAGAUACCGGAUUCACAUCCUUCGGGUCUCCGGGAAACUCAGGCCUUUCUUCUUUCUCCAUGUCCUGUGGUGGUGGGGCGGCAGGCAACUACAAGUCGGUGUCAACCUCCACCGAAAUAAUCAAUGGCAAAAAAAUCACCACCAAGAGAAUCGUUGAGAAUGGUCAAGAAAGGGUGGAAGUGGAAGAAGAUGGAGAGUUAAAGUCCCUGAUAAUUAAUGGCAAAGAGCAGUUGCUUCGCAUCGAUACUCAGUAAAGACAUAAAGGGCGUUUUAAGGACUAUCAGGACGGUUUUCUUUUUUUUUGUUUGUUUAAAAGCGUUUUCAAGGGAACUCUACUUUCAGAACAACUGUAUUCAAGACAUUAUAUACAGCUCAUGCCAGUGCCUCUUAUUGUUGGGACUGCAGGGAUAGGAUCUCUCUUGGUCUUUAUGCCUGUUGUAACUAUCUGUAUGCCUUUGGCACUCAUUAAACUUAAUCCUGAGGCA